UUCCGUUCCAUCUGGUCGCUGGUUCUGCGCAGACGCAGAUGCGAGCUGUUUAUAAUAUUUUAAACAUUCACUCACCACCCAGAGCGCGGAUUCAACGUGACUUUGUUAUAUUUUUCUCCUGCAGUGCCAAAUUCUAACGAUUGCAGAUUCAUCAUGUGCUACAACGGGAAAUGUAUGCAUUGCAUCAGCAUCGAGACCGGGUCUCUCAUCUUUGCAAUUAUUAGUAUUAUAUUAUCUGGUCUGGGGAUUUUGUUUAUAAUCGGCGCACUGGUGUACAUCAAUAUCGUGCUAGCUACAUCAACGCAUCCAGAAACCUCUGAGGAACUGCGGAUGGUGGUUGUGGCAUCCCUGACAACCAAUGUCGUCCUUGGCGUCGCACUGUGCCUUAUUCUCGUCCCCUUCGCUUUCACCAUUGUGCUGAUUAAGGGUCUCGUGGAGAAAAAGUCCGGCCUCGUGAAGGUGUACUUCGUCUACUCCGUGGUGAGCAAGAGCCUGUUGCUGUUCUCAGUAGUGAUGGGCCUCGUCGCGGGCAGCUACCCGCCAGAGCACGCUAUCACCAUUCUGCUCAUAGGCGGCGUUUACGGAUUGAUCUUGAGAAUGAUCUACUUGACCUACAAGAAACUUGAAGUGGAUGGCCAGUACAAGCAAAGCAGGCUGAUUGAAGAAAAGUACUAAAAGUAUGUGCUUAAGGUCUUGGACACACUGAACGUAUAUCUAACAUAUAUCUCCUAGACGUUGAAAACUGUAUCAAGGAACAUAGAAACUGUAUCUUAAAUUACCGGUAUUUUUUUCGUUGCGUUACCAAGGUACCUUGAAGGUACCAUUAAAAAUAACGAUACCCAUACAUCCAUUAAGGUAUCUAGAUAACUAGAUAUCGUUAUUAAUACCCAUGAAAGUAACACUACUUAUACAGCGACUGGUCAUCAUACACCAAUCUUUAUCUAAAGAUUGACGCACAUUUACCGUUAAGUAACGAUAAAAAUAUAACGUUUAAUCAUAUCGGUAUACCGCUACUACUACUAGUAACGUAACAUAACGAAAUGUUUUGGUAGUGUUAACUUUAUGAAUUUAAAAACGGUUACCGUCUCUGACUGUAACUGUACCUAUGACCUUUACACACUGCUAGUCGCUACCUACAGUGCUUUAUACAGUUCCUUGUGUUUUGGUACACAUAUACGCGCGCAUUCAGUGUUACGCUUUGUUUUUGUCCAAGUCUUAAAGUAACUAGGUAGCUUAAGUGAACCAAAAAUCGUAAUUUUUCCUAAUAUUGUUUAAUCACUAUGGAUCAUUGUAUGUAAGUCCAAAUCUCGACUAUUUUAUUUAAGUUCUUAUGUGAGUAUCGAUGACCUUUAAAUUCAGGGCCGGCCUGUCUAGAAAGGCGAAAGCGAACGGCCUAGGGCACUCGAGUUUGGGGGGUGGCAUUAGGGUAGGUAGGAACUAGGAAUGCUGGACAGGCCGUCUAGAGCGGGCGACUAUCUCGGCCUCUUCAGUCUUCAGCAUAGCAAAUAAUAAUAACAAAGCUAUAAAAACAUAUUUUUUAUUAGCGCUACAUUAAUAUAAUCCCAGCCAUGAGUAAGUUUAGUUUGUAAAGUUAAAAAAAAUCAAGCUCACUUUGCUCGCGCUUAUAUUCCGUGUUCAAAGUUAAUAUUUUGUGUUUGUUCUCGAAUCUAGUAGUUACCCACGUAAGUAUUUAUUUUACAAAAACUUAUAAGAAAUCAUGCUCGCUUAGCUCUCGAUAUUAUUCAGUCUCCUUCUUCGACUUAACGUUGCUACUCUUAGCGUUUUUGACCGACUUCGAAAAAAGGAGGAGGUUCUCAAUUCGUCGGAAUUUUUUUUUUUUGUAGGUGGGGUUCACUUUCCUACUUUUGCCGUCCAAUUUGCCCGGUCUUGAGCAUUCGGUUUAUUGGUCUAUUCUUUUGACUCAGGGACGACGACGCGUGACGUCUAGCCAGCGCUUUCUUGGGCGUCCUCGGGAUUUUGCUCCAGCGGCGGCGACGUUGAGACGUCUAUUACUGACGUAACUUUUUGGUUUCCCUGUUACAUGACCGUACCAUGAGCAUUUUUUGUAAAAUUCAAGAAAAAUUUCACCUUCGAUCACGCAAAUGCAAUAAUUGACUCUUGUGUGCCGACCUCUUGGACAAUGUAUGAUUUUUUAUCUUAGUCCAACUCUCUUGUCUUAUGAGUAAAUUAUCUGAAUGGUAAUUUAUGGUUUUCUAAUUGCGAAAUUUUUGUCGCAAGUGGUGCGUGUCCAGUAAUUCGCCUAGGGCGUUGAGUUUGCUCUGGCCGGCCUUGUUUGCUAAGGUUAUUGUCUCAUAUUUAUAUUAAUUAAUUAGAUAAGUUAAGUUUUGUACCUAUCGAAAACAAAUUAUAUAAAAUAUUAACUAGGUAGUUACCGACUUAUUCAGAUUUUCUCAUUAUUUUUUCAAAAUUUGUUUGUAGGUAGGUACAAUUAAUCAAAUCGUAUAUUAUUAAAAUAUAAAAAUUUAGGUAGGUAGUUAGGCACCUACUGUUUUCCAAAUUUUCAGAAAUAUAAAAAUAGACUGAAUUAAAAUUGUCAUUUUUUUAAUAUUACAAUAAGUUCUCAUAAUUACUUAAUUUAUAGUUAUGAAUAUAAAAGUUUUGUUCUUUAGAAAUAAAGUUCUUAUAAAUGUAA